AUGGGGAUAAUGAAUCGAGUUACGACGACGCUCAACAUUCCGAAGUACCAUCUGCUUGACGGCCAGCUGCAACCUUUUGAUAUAGCAGUCGGGAUUGCAAUAAUCACUGCAUUAUCAUGGUCUUUCUUCUUUCUGCUUCGCAAUUUGAGCAAUACCCAGAAACAAAAAACCAAAAGACCAUCGACGCCGGAUCUCGAGCAAGAUAGACUGAAGAAGCCUACUAGGAAAUUUGGCGAAUGGACACCGUCUUCAUUCAAAAGACCAGAGCCAGUUCCUUAUCCAGAAUGGGACGUAGAGACAUCACAGCCUAUUCCCUAUCGGCCUUUUCGCUAUGGACCCAAAUAUUUUGUGACCAUGGGACUGAGGAGCAUGAAUUGGGAUGAGUGGAUUGAACUGGACAAUCAUUAUUCGCGGUUUCACGCCGACAAGGCCCGCCGCAUCACAGAACGCGGCUCAAAAUGCUGCAAGACUGCUCCAGAAGCCAUGGAGGGUGCCAUCGAGCUCCUCGAAGAAUUAGCAUCAUACCUCCCCGCUCGCUACCCAAACAUGUUCCGCAAAACCGCUGUCGGUGUCGACAACCUGUUCACCGGGGAAAGCUUCAACAUUGUCCAACGCCCUCUUGCCGAAGACCCCAUGAUCAUCUCAUCGCGUCUGAUCCAGGAUGACUUGGCACUCAUGUUUGAAAAGCCCGACGGACAGUACUAUCUCCUCGCGGGCGCGAUCCUGCUCGCAGGGUUCUGGCGCCUGCAAGACAAAUUCGGCAUGCCACUCAGCGAAAUCCACAGCUCUGCUGACGUACCCCAGUUCCGCGAAAAGCUCGAAAAAGGGAUGAUGAAUUUCUUCCGCCGAAUCAAGCCGGAGGACCCCGUGUUGCGAAACAAUUACUUCUUACAAGUCGAUGACGAUCUAGCUUGGUCGAACAGCAUCGGGUCGGAAGAUUCCGAUGGGAUUUCGUGGAACACGGCAGAGAAGAAUCGCGCGAUUGAGCAUCACUAUUUCAGGUCGGAGAGACAGUCGCUGAGACGGCUGCCGCGCUCUGGGGCGGUGGUGUUCACUAUUCGCACGUAUUUUGAGCCUGUGACUGAAAUUGCCAAGGAGCCGUAUGUGCCGGGGAGGCUGGCUUCUGCGGUUCGAUCGUGGGGGGAUGAUGUGUCGAGGUAUAAAGGCAAGGAGAAGUAUGAAGAGGUGCUGCUGGAGUACCUCGACAAGAAGCAUGAGGAGCAAGUGGCCAAUGGGCUGGAGCUGGAGAAUGAAGAUGAAGUGCGCGGAUAUCCAUAUUAA